CGGCCUUGGCCAACCCAUAGAAUAAGGGAAAAUACCUGCAUAUUUGUGUAAUUCCUGUUCUCAUAUAUCGUUAAUUAUCAUGGUAUCAGAGUCUGGUUUCUGCCUUUGAGAUACCCGCACAAUGACCACAGGACGGCAAACAGAGAAAUCUGGUGCGCCGGCGAAAAUUGACCUCCAAAAUGGAGGAAGUGGGAUGACGACUUUACCUGGGGGAUGUCAGAUGCACGUGACAGCCUCCAAAGGACCACAAAUCCAAGCCAAUGCUAUGGCUUUUGAAGGAGAGAUUGCUGGAAGGAAGUCAGGGGAGUCGCACCACCAUCAGAGAGUCCCUUUGCUUGGUAAUAUGCAAAUUACUACUGAACGGAUGACUGGUAUGUUGAGUACAAAAUCUUGGAUAAUUGAUACAGGUGCUUCCAAUCAUGUUACUGGGAGGAUAUCUAAUUUAUUUAAUAUUAAGGAUAUUGCCGCUCAACCGGUGGGACUUCCAGAUGGCCAAACCGUCCAGGCUACUAAACAGGGAUCAAUCAAACUUUCAGAUCAAAUCUGUUUGGAAAAUGUCCUUUAUGUGCCAAAAUUAAAUUGACCGUCACUCGAGGAAGUUGAUUGGAGUGGGUGACCGGGAGAAUGGACUAUACUAUUUGCGGACUACUUCCUUGAUUCACUGUUCGUGUGAAGAGUACUUUGGCAGACUUAUGGCACCGGCGACUUGGGCAUCCGUCUGGGAGCAUUAUACAAAAAUUAUCUUUUAUGCAUGGUACUGUUGAAAACAUUUCCUCCCCCUCUGAUGCUUGUUUUAAAGCCAAACAAACGAGGGAUAUUUUUCCGGUUAGUACUAGCCAUGCUAAACGAAAUUUUGAACUCAUUCAUUGUGAUUUGUGGGGACCUUACAAUACUUCUUCUUCAUGUG